CAAAUUCAGCACAGAGCCGAAGAAAAGAAUCAAAAUAAUCAAUUUUCAAACAUUUAGCCACGAAAGAGUAUAUUCAAGCACCAUGGGAAUCUGUAUGUCCUGUGCAUCUUCUGGUAAUGGUGACGAAAACAUAAUAAAAGAUAUAUAUGAAAACGCAGUUAUUAUGGAUUCAAGGUCUGAUAACAAAACUCUAAGUUUGAUUGGUUCUGUUUAUUCACAACAAGGUAGUAAAGCUACAAACCAAGAUUCUGCUCUACUUCAACAGGGUUUUGGUACGGAUGGCGGAGCUUUGUGUGGAGUAUUUGAUGGACAUGGAAUAAAUGGCCAUGUCGCGAGUAGAUUAGUCAGAGAAUUGUUACCCAGUUUAUUGUUAGACCAGAAGAAAACGAUUUCUUCGUCGACUGAUGGAGAUGAUUACGUUGAGGAAUGGAGUAAAGCUUGUGUUGGUGCUUACCAAAUGAUGGAUGAUGAACUUAAAAGUCGUCGAGAAAAUUUGGAUUGUUCAUGCAGUGGAACUACUUCUGUGACCAUCAUAAAAGAGGGUCAAGAUCUUGUUAUUUCUAAUCUUGGGGAUUCGAGGGCCGUAUUAGGGAGUACUAAUUCUGAUAAUGGUGACAUGAUGGCUGUUCAAUUAACAACUGAUCUAAAGCCUAGUGUACCAGAGGAAGCCGAAAGAAUAAGGAAGAGUAAGGGUCGAAUAUUCGCACUUGUAAAUGAAGCUCACAUUGAACGUGUAUGGUUACCUAACCAGUAUUAUCCUGGACUUGCCAUGGCAAGAGCCUUCGGAGAUUUCGAUCUCAAGGAGUACGGAGUAAUUGCAGUUCCGCAAGUGUCUCAUCAUCGCUUAAACAACAAUGACAAAUUUGUGGUUCUUGCAAGUGAUGGGGUGUGGGAUGUGCUAAGCAAUGAUCAAGUUGUAUCUAUCAUAUCCUCAGCAAGACCAGAAACGGCUGCCAAAGCAGUGGUAGAUGCGGCUGUUGUUGGAUGGAGACGAUUUCCACAUGUUAAAAUGGAUGACAUCUCUGUAUCCUGCAUGUUCUUCCAUGAGAGUCCAAACUAAUAGAUACAGUUUCUCUGCUUAAUCUUUAUUCGACUCCAGUAAAUUACCAUGUAACAAGAUUGUUGGAUAUUGGAAAAAAAAAAUAUUAACCUAGAGCAACGCGCUCGCUUAGCA